GGAGAGAGAGAGAGAGAGAGAUGAAGUUACACGCGCUUCGCAAUUAAACGUAAAUUAAUUAUAAAAAGACGCGAAUUGAAGGCCAAAAGAGAAGCCGAUAACACAAGGCAAGAAUGAAGGCAUUAUUAUUAUAAUCAUCGUCAGAAGUCAGAAGGAAGGAAGGAAGCGAAGAAAGAGAGGGAAGGAGGGAGGGGUUUUGGAACGUCGCCGUUGGAGGGGAGUCGGAGCGUCGACCACUGUGUCGAUCCCGGAGAGUUGCUGUUGAGAGGAUCAGGCGUGGUCUUUCUGUUUCUUUGUGAACAGCUUAAGGAUCUAUUUCCAGCAAGAGGAAAUAAAAACCAAUGGGUACCUGAAGAGAAUAAAGAAAGGGCUUGGGACCAAAUUCUCCUACUCUUUCUCCCUCCAGGAGAUUGGGAGUAUCCUCCUGUUCUGAUUUUUCUCCAAGGAGAAAUUGUUCUAAGGAGAAGAAAAAGGAAAAGAUGAUGCCGUAUGCAGAUGAAGAACGUACUGAAGACUAUCUGUUCAAAAUUGUUCUUAUUGGUGAUUCUGCAGUUGGAAAGUCAAAUUUACUGGCUAGAUUUGCUCGGAAUGAAUUUUACCCUAAUUCAAAGUCGACAAUUGGAGUUGAAUUCCAGACCCAAACAUUGGAAAUCGAAGGGAAGGAGAUCAAGGCCCAAAUCUGGGACACUGCAGGUCAAGAACGUUUCAGGGCAGUCACCUCUGCAUACUAUCGAGGUGCUGUUGGUGCUUUAGUUGUAUAUGACAUCAGCAGACGUCAGACUUUUGACGGCAUUGGCAGGUGGCUCAAUGAAUUGCAGACUCAUUCUGAUAUGAAUGUCGUCACAAUACUGGUUGGAAACAAAACUGAUCUUAAGGAUAUGAGAGAGGUAACUACGGAAGAAGGUAAGGCUGUAGCUGAGGCUCACAGCCUGUUCUUCAUGGAGACAUCGGCACUUGAUUCAUCUAAUGUUGAUGCUGCAUUCCGGACUGUUGUGAAGGAGAUAUAUCGCAUAUUGACUAGGAAAGUAUUCCAGUCCCAAGAGCUGAAGAAGCUUGAGAACAAGCUAGGAAACGGGAAGACAGUGGUCCUGCAAAGCAGUGAGAGUGAAGCACCCGCCAAGGGAUGGUGCUGUUCUUCCUGAGCACACUUGUUUGUCAUGUUUUCUUUCCCUGCAUUCUUUCUUAUUCCAUUCUCAGUAGUUUCCUUAUGAUGUUUGCCCAACCUGCUCUCGCAACUGUAUAGAAACUGUGAGACCCCUGCUGUUGGCAAGUCCUGGUCCAGUUGGGUGGUGUUGGUUGAACAUGUGCCGGGACUCUGAAUGUGGAUCUUAUCAAUAGUCCUUUGUUUAAUCAAUCUUACCCAUGUUUCUUUUGUCCUGUAUUUAUUUGUUUUUCCAUGCAAUUAUCAAAUGUUAUUAUAGAUCA